UAUAGUAAGGGAUGCCAUUGUUAGACAUUGUUUUUGACAGGCUCAUCUCUGAUGAUUGUUUCUUUGAAAUUAAUAUACGGUGAUGAAUGACAUAAAAAUUGAAUAUAUUAUUUUUGUUUGUGAUUGAAAUGUGUUUGGGGGAUUAUUUCAUAUUUCAUUAUUUUUACUUUACUGAAUAGCUUAAUUGGUAGCCUAUGUCUACUAUAUCUACUUUAUCACUGUUACAACGGUUACACAAGUCAAGUUCAAAAUAUAAAUAAAAGUAUAUACACUAAAUGAAACAAAUGUGUUAUUUGACCAAUUUUAAAGUUUUUCUACAUUUCCCUCCUGGAAUCCACCUUUAAAUCCUACCCCCUGUUGGGAUCAGGAUAAUCCAGUUUCUUUGGAUCAAAGUUAUCCAAAUCCUACUGACAAGUUUUGAACAACACAAACUGAAGGUUUGAUCCAGAUUUAAACUAGGAUUGGAUUCUGUGAUCUAAUCUGAUUUCAGAUUCCUUCUUUCCCUUUUGAACAACCCAUUUUCAAGAUUUGAUCCAAUCCGAUAACCAAAAUCCGAUCAGCUUACCUUUGAACAACUGGCCCAUGAAGCUUGUUUUGUAAAGAAUUACAGAUAAAUGAAGUGUUCCGCUUUUUCUCUCUCCAGUACAGCAGGGGGCUGCAGCUCUUUAAUCCGCCGACAAACCCACUAAAGAAAGAAAGAAAGAAAGCGCGCACCGGUUGUGGCCAGAAGGGAUACAGCUGUGGCCAAAAUCUAGUGAAAUCUCGCCGAAGGAGCACUGUUUUCAUCCUAAUCCUACCCACAAACAAACCUAACCCUAAACCCAAAAUCUCGCGAGAAAUGUCCGCAGCUGUAUUUCCUCUAGCCAGAACCGAGCUUGCGUUUGUAUCCUCAUUGUUUUUUUUUCUUGAGUGUUUUAUUGAGUGGGACAGAGUUUUAUAUCUGUCUCUUUUAGUGUCGAGAUGUUGAUUAGGAGAGAUGGGAUGGAUGUGAUGUGCUGUACAUCAGUAGGAACUGAUCUGUCCAUGCUGGAUAUUGAUGAUUUCAUCACAGAAAUCUCUCAGUUGAAGAAAGAGGUGGCGUUACUGGAGGCAAAGUUGAGGUCAAGAGGAGAUGAAGAAGUGAAGAGAGAGGAUGUGUUUUGUUGUGAAUCUUCAGUGUAUGUGACUGACGGGAUCUCCACAGAAUGUCAGGAUCAAAGCUUACCACAGUUACUGCUGGACAAACUCUCUGAAGAGAAAUCCAGACACACACAGGACUCAAAGUUCAAUCUCACUUUACUCUGUUAUACUGAGUCAAAGCCCACAGAGGCGCAGGACACUGCAGUGUGUGAUAGUAUUCAGGGUUUAAAGGAUGAGGAAUCUACUGAUCAAACCUCCACAGAGUCUCUGGAUUCUGCCUGUAACGCUGAAGAACAGCAGCAGAUCCUGCAGACCACACUGAAGAUGUGUUCAGUCAAACUGGUGGACUGCAGGAACCUGAAGAUGGAGAUAAAAACAGAACCUAUUGAAGAGGAAGAGGACUUUAUUCUGCCAGGUUUUAUUAAAGAGAAGAAACUUCAUUCAGAAGAGCACAGAGAGAAGACGAAGAAGCAGCAGCAGUUUCACUGUGAGCAUUGUGGGAAGAAUUUUGUCUACUUAUCUCAGCUUAAAGGCCACAUGAGGACACACAGUGAUGAAAAGCCUUUCUGUUGCACUGAAUAUGCCGGAUGUUUCAGAACCAAAUAUAGUCUUGAUGUUCAUAAGAAAAUUCACACAGGAGAAUUAGCAUACAAGUGCAGCGAAUCUGAAAAAACUAGGGAUUCACGUUCAUUACAACCACACCAGAAUGUUCACUCUAAAGAGAAACUAUAUCAAUGUUCACACUGUGAUAAACGUUUCCAUCUGAAAUAUCUUCUGAUACGCCAUGAGAGAAUUCACACUGGAGAGAAACCUUAUCACUGUAGUGUUUGUGGGAAGAGCUUUAAUCAACGUUUCAACUUAGUGAUACACCAGAGAAUUCAUACAGGUGAAAAGCCUUACAAAUGUCCUCAUUGUGAGAAGACGUUUGCUCAACAAGAUGGUAUGAGAACCCAUCAGAGAGUUCAUACAGGAGAAAAACCUUACGUCUGCUCUCUGUGCGGAAAACGCUUCUCUGAUCGAUCUCAUUUCAGAGUUCAUCAGAGAGUUCACACAGGAGAAAAACCUUAUCACUGUAAUGUUUGUGGGAAGAGUUUUAGCCAACAGGCUAACUUACUAAAGCACCAAAUAACUCAUACAAAGAAAAGUUAAAAAUGAUCUCAUUGUUGUAAGACGUUUGCUUGAUCAUAUUUGCCUGAAGAUCCAUCAGUUCAAUUCAAUUUUAUUUUAUUUAUAUAUUACUUUUAACUCUUUCCCCGCCAUUGACGAGAUAUCUCGUCAAUUAAGAGAAAACGCUUCCCCGCCAAUUACGAGAUUUUCCGUCUUUCCGCAAUACCGCUAUUAUCCACCCUUCCGCAACUUUUUAAACCCGGAAGUAUUGCCCUAUGGCAAGCUGCUGCAUGUCCGUGUCUGUUUUAAAGAUUGCUCUGAAUGGGAUCUCUAUGAAAAGUCCGUCACAAAAAUGGAAUUAUCUCUGCUUUUUGCUCAAAAUAUGGUGUUUUUGCAAAAACCUACCCAUAUUCAAAAGCUGAUUGCAAAAGAACCACUAAAGGUAGGAUGAAACGGUUUUUUUUGUUUGAAAGCAGAGGGUCUGUUCUUUCAUUUGGUAUAUUGUAUGUUUAUAUAUUUAAAGAAGAACAUUUUCUGGAGGGCAUUAAACUUUGGUGAAAAUCAUGAAAAACGCUGGCGCUGGCUGGCAACUUUUUUUAAAAACGCUGGCGGUGAAAGAGUUAACAAUUGUUCAUAAUACAAAAACAGCUUCACAUGAAAUAACUGGAACUGGGUCUGUCAGUCUCAAAAAUCAGCCACUUUGUAUGUUUUUUCCUGAUUUUUUUGUGUAAAAAUUUGGUAGUUUUGAUCAGUGCUGAGGUUUAUUAAUAGAUUUAUGCAAAAAAAGUAAAAAAAUAUAAAUCUAAUACAUUUUUACAGCAGUUUCGUUUUGUGGAAAAGGUUUUAUCCACGAACAACACAAAAGGGUAGUGAAUUUGCCCACAGUGUAUUGUUGAGGCAUUGAAACAUUUCCAAGCAUUUUCCCAAAAUAUAUCUUAAUAUAAGAUUUUUCACCAAAAAUCUUUCCAUUUGCUGAAACACAGAGAAAGUUAACCCCCAAAAACUCCAUAGUGGAUGAAAACAUCCCUAACAACACAUUAAUGUUGAUAUGAGUCCCAUCUCAAGGUUUUUAUUAACAUCACGAGAAUGUUGAAACACUAAAUUGCCAUUGUCUGUGUUUGUAACCCUGCCAAAUCUGCUUCUAGUCAGAUGAAGUUAGUCUGACCAUCGAGAACACAACUAAGAUUAUUCAA